AUGGAGAUAUUGGCAUCCGCCGAACUUGAAUUGGAGUUGGCCCACUCAGUUUCAAAGCCAAUACCAACAUCAUCGGGUUUUGUGAAUGAUCCUAGUACCGAAUCUGCUGAUCAGACCCCCUUAAGGCUUUCUAAUCGCAAGGUAUCCAAGUUCACAGAAGAGGAUGAAAGUUUAUCGACCCACCCUUUGGUUUCAGCCUUGUUUAGCACAAGGAGACCUAGAGAUGUUUCCAGUGCAGUUUCCUCGGGAAUUAAGAGUAUUACUAAGGGAGUUGUGGUUGGAGCGACUGGCCUGGUUAUGUGUCCGGUUGUUGGCCUAUCCGAGGAUGGAGUCAAGGGGUUUUUCAAGGGGGUUGGUGCAGGAGUGUUGGCCGCAAUUAGUCUACCCUUAGCUGGCAUUGGAGUUUCACUGUACCAACUUACACGCGGAGUAAUAAACACACCAAAUGCGAUCUGCCAAAAAGCCUCAGGGAAGGUAUGGAACAAAGAACGUCGAGUUUGGGAACAUAAUUGGUAUUCCCUGGACGAGGAGUAUAGGAAAAUCAAGUCAUACAUAACUAGCUCCUCAGAAAAGGAAUUUUUUACCAAUAACACCAAUAGAGUAAAUAACACCGAAGGUAAUGAUAAAAAAGUAUUUGAGACUGAAUUAUACGACAUAUUGCAAGUACCAACAAAUGCAAGUCAAGAAUGCAUAAGAAGAUCUUACUACAGGUUAGCUCUAAGGUACCACCCUGACAAAAAUACGAACGCUGAUGGCGAUAACGACUACAACGAGAUUUUUUCCCGCUUGGGUGAGGCUUAUCAGAUUUUGGGGGACGAACACAGGCGCAAAAAGUAUGACCUUAAUGGACGUUCAGCUAUAGACGAGAUGCCAAUCCUCGAAUCACAGCUCUUUUUCAGCAUGCUAUUUGGCACUGAAGCACUGGAACCGCUUAUAGGUAAACUCCGCAUGGCUCUGUAUUUGGAACUUGAAAUGCGGGACGAUUUAUCUAAAACUCAACACGAUUUUCAAAAGCUUCAGCAGGUUCGAGAGGUCCAAAUUGCAGUAUACCUCCGCGAGUACAUCCGCAGCUUCGUGUGCGGUGAACACGACGAGUUCAGAAAGAAGGUGACUGAGUACGUAAAGGAACUCUGCAAGAACAGCUUUUCCGUGGCUGUGGUUGAGACUUUGGGUUGGACGUAUCAGAAUUACGCCAAGGAGUACAUCGGAAAGCGGUCUUCAUUCUUGGGCAUAUCUGGCAGAAUAGCCAAGUCAAAGCAGAAGACCAGGAACUUCCGCAAAUAUUUCAAGACCUACGUCUGCUUUUUAAAAACUGCCAUUUUGGAGUCUGGCCACAACCGCACCUGCGAUGCUGAUGAGGCUUUUAUCUCAGACGUUGGCGUCAAUUUUAACGAGAAAUCAAUCCCCGUAAUCCUUGACGCCAUGCUCAAUGUUUGCCUCAUUGACAUCCAAAACACUGUUCGUGCCGCCUGCAAGCGUCUUCUCAAGGACAUGUCAGUCGACUCUUCCUGGCGUCUAAGGCGUGCUGAUGCUCUACUUGAGACUGGGAAGAUCUUUUUACAAGUUGCCAAGGAGGCCAAGCCUAACUUUUGGGGCGACUUCACUGUCAAAGAAUUUUGUCAGCACGUGAACUCCCCAAAGAAAAAAAGCGAACGCGUAAACGUUCACUACUCAGAUGAGCCAUUUUACUAA